AUGGAUAUCUCAGGGAGCUUGACUUGCGUUGUGGUGGCGGUGGAUGGGAGCGAGGUGAGCAUGGAAGCUCUGAGGUGGGCUCUGGACAACCUCAAGCUCUCAUCGUCUUCAUCCGAUUCAUCAUUCGUCAUCCUCCACAUUCAGCCUUCGCCUUCUGUCGCCGCCGGCGUGAGCCCCGGAACCAUCCCUUUCGGUGGUCCCAGUUGA